CUCCCAUUGUCUUUCCCUUUGCGAUUACCACUUACCACCAACCCGCACGAACUACUACUAUAUAACCUUCUUCUCAUUUCCACACUCUUCUCAUUCAUACAACACUAAAAAAAACUCUCCAAUCACCUUUUAGAUCUCUUUCCAACCAAAAACCAUAACCAUUCACAAGUCUCACACCUUCUCCAUUACUUCCUCUCAACUUCUCACUGAAAGCCUCAAGUCCAAGCCAUGGACACCAAGAUAGGUUCAUUGGACGUUGUCAAGCCUCCCUGCAACGACAUCGUAUCGUGCAAUCAGACCAACAGCGCUGCCAUACAGCCCUGUGUUCCUUCCGCCGUCAUCAACGGCUGCGGAGACUCCACUCUCGGCGGCCACCUCGCGCGCCGCCUCGUUGAAGUCGGUGUCACCGAUGUUUUCUCCGUUCCCGGCGACUUCAACCUCACUCUGCUCGACCACCUCAUCGCUGAGCCCGCGCUCAACGUCGUCGGCUGCUGCAACGAGCUCAACGCCGGGUACGCUGCCGAUGGCUACGCCCGUGCUCGAGGUGUCGGCGCUUGCGUUGUCACGUUCACCGUUGGCGGGCUCAGCGUGCUCAACGCGAUCGCCGGAGCGUACAGCGAGAACUUGCCGCUGAUUUGCGUCGUUGGUGGGCCCAACUCCAACGACUAUGGUACGAGUCGGAUCCUCCACCACACCAUCGGUUUGCCCGAUUUCAGCCAAGAGUUGAGGUGCUUUCAGACCAUUACUUGCUUCCAGGCUGUGGUGAAUAACUUGGAAGAUGCUCACGAGUUGAUUGAUACAGCAAUCUCAACUGCACUGAAGGAAAGCAAGCCUGUGUAUAUAAGCAUUAGUUGUAAUUUGCCUGGGAUUCCUCACCCCACAUUCAGUCGUGAUCCAGUUCCUUUUUCAUUGUCUCCCAGAUUGAGUAACAAGUUGGGGCUGGAGGCAGCAGUGGAGGCAGCUGCAGAGUUCCUUAACAAGGCAGUGAAACCAGUGCUGGUGGGGGGUCCUAAACUGAGGGUGGCAACAGCAGGUGAAGCCUUUGUUGAACUGGCUGAUGCUUGUGGUUAUGCGCUUGCUGUAAUGCCAUCAGCUAAAGGGCAGGUUCCAGAGCACCAUCCUCAUUUCAUUGGAACUUAUUGGGGUGCUGUGAGCACUGCCUUCUGUGCUGAGAUUGUGGAGUCUGCCGAUGCAUACUUGUUUGCUGGUCCCAUUUUUAACGACUACAGCUCUGUGGGAUAUUCCCUUCUUCUCAAGAAGGAGAAGGCCAUCAUUGUACAGCCCGAUCGGGUUGUGAUCGCAAAUGGGCCUGCAUUUGGGUGUGUGCUCAUGAAGGAUUUCCUCAAGGGACUCGCUAAGCGCCUCAAGCACAACAAUACUGCAUAUGAAAAUUACCACAGGAUAUUUGUCCCUGAAGGACAUCCUUUGAAGGCAGCACCAAAAGAACCUCUCAGGGUUAAUGUUCUGUUCCAACAUAUACAAAAUAUGCUGUCUGGUGAAACUGCUGUGAUUGCAGAGACAGGGGACUCCUGGUUUAACUGCCAAAAGCUGAAAUUGCCCAAGGGAUGUGGGUAUGAGUUCCAAAUGCAAUAUGGCUCAAUUGGGUGGUCUGUUGGUGCAACUCUUGGUUAUGCUCAGGCUGUUCCUGAGAAGCGAGUAAUUGCCUUCAUUGGUGAUGGAAGCUUUCAGGUGACUGCCCAAGAUGUAUCAACAAUGCUGCGGAGCGGGCAAAAGACCAUCAUCUUUCUGAUAAACAACGGUGGAUACACCAUUGAAGUUGAAAUUCACGAUGGACCGUACAAUGUGAUUAAGAACUGGAAUUACACAGGGUUAGUUGAUGCAAUCCACAACGGUCAGGGGAAAUGCUGGACUGCCAAGGUGUUCUGUGAAGAGGAGCUAGUUGAAGCAAUUGCCACGGCCACAGGACCCAAGAAAGAUUCCUUAUGCUUCAUUGAGGUGAUUGUUCACAAGGAUGACACCAGCAAAGAAUUGCUUGAAUGGGGCUCAAGGGUCUCUGCUGCCAAUAGCCGUCCUCCCAAUCCUCAAUAAACUUCAGAUUUCAUUCAGCCUAUAUGUCUAAAUUGCUUCAAUUGUCCCUUUGACAUGUCCUUCUAGGGAAUUUACUUUUAUUAAUGGCUUUAAACUGCUUUUGCAACUGAGUCCUUUUGUUUGUGUAAAUUCUUUCACUUGAGAUAAAAAUCUAUAUCCUUCAACUUUGUUCA